AUGACGUCGCACCACAGCGUCGCUGCGGUGACAGAGAUCCGUCUGGAGGUGACCCACGCGCGGCAGAAGCUUCUGCUUGUGUUCCCAGCAGCAACCGCGACAGUCGGCGACCUCAAGAAGGAGCUCGCCGCUCGCAGCGGUGUGCCGCAAGAGAAGCAGCGGCUGCUGUUCGGUGCCCCGGUUGUAAAGCACCGCCGGCGUGAGGGCCGUGAUGAGGUGCGGCUGCUCGACCUCAUCUCAAAUACUCACGCUACCAGCACCAGCAGUAAUGGUGGUGGUGGUGCGGCGGUGCCCUCAGUCUCGUCCUCUUCUGCAAUCGACUCGCCUGCUGCAGCCGCGGUGACGAUUCCGCUCAUGCUCAUCGGCACUGUUGCGUCCGUCCCGUAUAUCAACGAGAAGGCGGUGGCGCAGCUCCACCGGCUCGUGACCACCACAGUGGAGCGCGACAACCGCUCGUUCCGCUGCAGCUACAGCCACGGCUACGUGCCGCAGACCGCUUUUGUGUGUCGGACAUGUGUAAGGAAUGGGUGGGCCAACCCGGCACAUGCCUUCUGCUACGCCUGUGCGGAGGUCUGCCACGGCAACCACGACGUGGAGGAGUGGGGUGUGCGCAACUAUAUGCGGUGCGACUGCUGCACCGUGGCAUGCUGGCAAAACGUCAGCGAUGCCAAUAACAAGACUAGUAACAACCAUGCCCCCAAUGACGAGAGUAGACAGAGUGAGGAGACUUCAGAUCAACAGCAGCAGCAGAAGCAGGAACAGGAGCCACGGCACUGCUGCUUCGUUAUUGACUCUGAGACUGGGCAGCCACCGGCAACGUCGGUGGUGCCGCUGAACAGCAAGAACCGCUACCCCCGCGCCCUGCGCAAGUGGUGCUACUGUGACUCUGAGGACGAUCACCCUGUGGACGACACGACAUGCGGCGGCAUCGUCUGCAUGCUGUGCGCGACGUGCUACUGGAGCACGCACAUGACACGCCUCCACACCGACGCGUUCCGCCGCAUGCCAUGUUACGGCGAUGUGGAGGAGGGUGACGCCGUCGUCUUCCGUUGCCGUACGUGCGAGACGCUUGUCUGCACUCCGUGCCGUCUGCGCUGCCACAAGGACCACGAGGUUGACCCCGACGCCGUUCUCGCCUCGCGUGCGCGCGGCACCGAAAACGGUGCGUCGGCGGGUGUGGAGUUCAGCUGCGGCUGCGGUGGAUGCUGCGCCAUCGCGGAGACCGUCCCUGAGGCGGAACUCAGUGAUGCAACUCGCUACCUGCCUAUGCCGCCCGCCGUUGCGGUGGAGGCGAUGAACAGCGACUCGUUUGUCGGCUUCAUCUGCGCGCACUGCAUGCAGGAGCACCCGUGGCUGCUGGAAAAUGACCCGCGGCAGUGCUACGGUGGGCAGCUGCCGGAGAAGGUGCCGGCAGAGCAGCACAAACGCAUCGUGCCAUGCGGUCUCGCCGCGGAUGCAGGGGUUCCCGAUGACGUCUACCCAUUUCACGGCAUGCUCUUCCCCGUGGACGCCUUCACGGUGGAGAUGACGUGCCCGUGCAAACCAUGCCAGGAGGCGUACGAGCGCUUCGCACCGCGCAACACGGCUGGNGCCGUCACAGAGAUGGUGGUGCAGCUCCAUGACAAGUGCGAUCACUGUGGUCAUAUUAUACGAGAUGAGGAGGCCUUUUUAUGCCAGACGUGUGAACUGCAUAGCAACGAAGCCUUCCUUGUGUGCCAGCGGUGUAACAGUCUGCGCCUGGCGUGCGUGCUGCCACCUUUGGGCGGUACCCCGGCCUGUGUUGUUGAGUCUACCGGUACGGUUACUUCUGCUGAGGCAGGCCAUGGGGGCGGUAAUGGUGGGGCAGAUACGGUCCAAACGACGGAGGCGGUCGCGCCGUGGAAGCACCCGAUAUCCCACACAUUUGUGGAAGACACAUUCGAAAACUUGUACUCCCUCUGUGGCAUGCAGAUUAUGCAAGGCCUCGACUCCGCAUCGCGCGAGUACGUCAUGGAGAACAUAGAUGCCACCAGUGCCUCUCUCGAUGGGGCACUGCGGCGUACGUUUUUGGGGGAGCCGUUGGUGUUUGACCCCGAUGAGGUCGCCCAGCACCACCAGUGGCUGCUGACGCAACAGAAUGGGAAGAAGAAGGAGGAGGCCGGGGAUACCUCUGCAUCGGCCCGUAAGCAGCAGCGCGACGACACAGAUAAGAACGGCCUCUCAGGUGGCGAAGAGAGAUAUGAAAAGCGCAAGAAGAGUGAAUAA